AUGAGGCUUCUCAGCUCUGCGCUCGUGACUCUCCUUGCAUUUGCAAAACUGAGCUUUGCAAUGUCGAGUUCUGGGGACUCGGUUCUCGUGUUGCUCAACCCGUCAUUAGACAGGGAAAACUAUUCGGUUUUCUUUGGUGGACUUGAAAAAAGAGGCUACAACCUCACGUUCCGUGCUCCCAAACACACCAGUCCCGCAAUCACCGACUACGGCGUGCCGAACUUUGACCACGUCAUUCUUUUCGCACCAGAAUCAAAAUCAUUCGCACAAGACAUCACCCCGCAGUCGCUCGUAGGGCUGCUCUCAGAAAAAACCAACCUUCUCAUCGCGCUCUCUCCCAAACAAACACCACUUACAUCUCUCGCAACCGAGUUCUCACUCAUUCCACCACCUCCCGAGACUCCACUCAUCUCAUUCCACCCCGCUCGCUCUGAACCCCCAACCACAAUCCCUGUCCCCGUCCUAAGCUCAUCUCCAAUCCUCACCCCAGGUAUCCCCCCAGUAUGGUUCUCCGGCGCCCCACAUGCGCUCGGUAGCACCCCAAUGCUGGUCCCCAUCCUCCGCGCACCCGCAGAGAGCUUCGCAGCAGACUCCAGUGACGACUCGGGCGCAGACGCCAUCGUCGACGCUACCGAAAAAGGCGGCGAAGGAUUAUGGGCGGGCAGCCAAAUGGGCCUGGUCACCGGAUUCCAGACGAACGUAAACUCCCGCGUCGUUUUUGCAGGUGGCGUUCAGUUGUUCAGCGAUGAAUAUGCGAGGAAGGAGCUUCCUUCUGGGACACCGUCUGGGAACUCGCAGUUUGCGAAGGAAGUUGCUGCAUGGGUUUUCCAGGAAAAGCUUGCGCUGCGUAUUGAUAGCAUUGAGCAUCAUCGUGUUAACGAAACUGAGGCGCCCGAGAUGUAUACUAUCAACGACGAGAUUGUAUACACAGCGCACAUCUCUUCUUACGAUAGCAAGACCUCGACGUGGAAGCCUUACAGCGGUAUCGACGACUUGCAGUUGGAGUUUACGAUGCUCGACCCUCACAUUCGCACCUCUCUGCCGCCUGUCCCUGGAUCCCCUGGUACAUACCAGGUCCAGUUCCGCGCUCCUGACAGACACGGUGUUUUUAAGUUCGUCUUGAACUGGAAGAGGAAGGGCCACUCAUACCUCUCAUCGAGCACAACCGUCCCUGUCGUUCCGCCGAGACAUGACGAAUACCCUCGCUUCUUGAGCGCUGCGUGGCCGUAUUACACAGGAGCCAUCAGUACGAGUGUCGGAUUUUUCCUUUUUGCAGCUUUGUGGCUUGCAGGAGACGUCAAAGGCGAGCGGAAGAAGGGAUCCAAAGCAGAGUAA